CGGCGGCCUUUUUGACUUGUUUCUGCCUUACAGAAACAUGAAACAUGUUUACACUUUGUACUCUGUCCACGCGUGUUUUCGUGGCCUCUCCUUUGUUCGUCAUCUUUAGAGUUUUGUUUGUAAACGCGUGUCAAGAAUCCGACUGAUGUCAUGCCCAAUCAAACCUACACACACACGAGUUUAACACUUGUUCAAUAUGAACACCGCGAAGAAGAAAAGCUACAUGGGACAGCAUCAGGUGAAGAAGAAACCAAGCUUCCAAGCUCCUGAUGAGCCAGCGGACGGAGACAGACCGUGUCAUGAAACAAGGUGUCUGUCUGACAGAACAAACAGAUCAGAGAACACGGGCCUCAUGGGCGGAGGAGCCGUGUUCCCACUGGGAGAAUCCACAUUGGCUCUGGAUGAAGAGAUGCUGCAGGUGUUGGAAGCUGCGGACCAGCCGAAGCCCGUCGCUAAGCGUGCUCGCCCAUCAGCAGUGGAGAGGGAUGAGAAGGAAGAGUCGGCAGCAGCAGCAUCGUCGUCAUCAUCAUCUGUCUUUGCCGUGCCGCGGCCUCUUGCACCAGUUUCAGGCGAUAAAAGGGCGAGCGACAGAGCCCCUCAGCCCACAGGACCCCACAGAGCCCUCAGCACCCUGGAGGCAGUCUGUGAGCGCGGCAGACCAGGAUGGAGAGAUGACUGUAAAGAGCUGGCUCAGAGGCUUCUCUUCAGCGAGGACUCUGGGGGAUCUCAUCCAGAAAUAAAAACUGAUCAGCGAGAAGGCAUUUCAUCCAAGCAGACGGUAACAUCCAGAAGAAGAAGCUCUCCUCGCAGCGACGGCGAACGUGGAGCGAACGUGAAUGCCGAUCCACCUCUGGAAGUAUCCAGGGACUACAUCUUAUUCAGCCCCACCCGCCUCGCAGCGGCCAUGAAGAAGGCCAAACUGCAGCAGUCCAUCCAGAACGAGUCGGUCUCCGUGCUCACGGUCCCCAACGGGUUAGACCUCAGCACUCUGACUGAUACGUUACCUCAGCCAGGCAUUGCCUUGCAUGCUCCUGCGGGACAAGCUGAGAAGCUGCUGCUCUCCAGCUGGGGUUUACCAAAACCCAUCCUGGAGCGCUACCACAAACACGGAGUGACUCACAUGUUCGAGUGGCAGGCUCAGUGCCUCUCUGUGGGACAGGUGCUGCAGGGAGGAAACCUGGUGUACUCUGCCCCCACUAGUGCUGGAAAAACUCUGGUGUCAGAGCUGCUGAUGCUGAAACGUGUGUUGGAGACCAAAAGGAAAGCUCUCUUUAUUCUGCCGUUUGUCUCCGUGGCCAAAGAGAAGAUGCACUACCUUCAGAGUGUAUUUGAAGAGGCGGGAGUCCGAGUGGAGGGAUACAUGGGCAGCACCUCGGCUGCAGGAGGCUUCAAAGCUCUGGAUGUGGCUGUUUGCACCAUCGAAAAGGCCAAUUCUCUCAUAAACAGACUGAUUGAAGAGGACAGUCUGGGUCUGCUAGGUGUGGUGGUCGUGGAUGAGUUGCAUAUGGUCGGAGAUUCUGGGAGAGGAUACCUACUGGAGCUGCUCUUGACCAAAAUCCGCUUCGUUGCACAGAAGCAGAACACAAGCGGGUCACUCUCUGAGGGCGUACAGAUCAUAGGUAUGAGCGCCACCUUGCCCAACCUCUCCCUCCUGGCCAGCUGGUUAGGCGCAGAGCUCUACCAGACAGACUACAGACCCGUACCCCUGCAGGAGCACCUCAAGGUGGGCUGCAACAUCUACGACAGGAGCCUCUCUGUGGUGCGGCAGUUCACGCCUGUGCUCCACGUUAAGGGGGAUGGUGACCACAUCGUUAGCCUGUGCUAUGAGACGGUGAGAGAGAGACGCUCUGUGCUGCUGUUCUGCCCUUCAAAGAACUGGUGUGAGAAACUGGUGGACAGCAUCGCCAGAGAGUUCUACAACCUCAGACAUAUGGAUCGGCAGGGUGAAGCAGCGCCUGAGCCUGUAAGUCUGGAUCAGGAGGGACUGGUGGAUGUUAUCGCCCAGCUGAGACGAACUCCAGCUGGUUUAGACCCCAUCCUCCAGCGAACUGUGCCAUGGGGGGUGGCCUUCCACCACGCAGGUUUGACGUUUGAUGAGCGGGAUGUGCUGGAGGGAGCUUUUCGACAGGGCAUGCUCAGAGUCCUGGCCGCCACCUCCACCCUCUCCUCAGGGGUCAACCUCCCCGCUCGAAGGGUCAUCAUUCGAACACCCACCUUCAACGGACGCCUGCUGGACCCACUCACAUACAAACAGAUGGCCGGACGAGCUGGGAGGAAGGGAGUGGACACGAUAGGUGAGAGUGUGCUGGUGUGUAAGGAGGCAGAGCGGCAGAAAGGUGUUAGUCUCCUUACAGGUUCCCUUAAGCCAAUCAGCAGCUGCUUGGUGAGAAGGGAGGGAGAGGGAGUCACCACCAGCAUGCUGAGAGCCAUCCUAGAAAUUAUCGUCGGAGGAGUAGCCAGCACUCCACAGGACGUGACUUUGUACGCUUCCUGCUCUCUACUGGCUGCCAGCAUGAAAAGUGACAGCGAGAAAGACUCAAAUGAAGAGACCAGUAAAGGAGCUAUUGAGGCCUGCGUGGAAUGGCUGAUGGAGAAUGAAUUCAUCAGCAUCCAGAGAGAAGAACAAGAGGAGCGCUACUGUCCAACCCAGCUGGGUGCUGCCACUCUUUCAUCGUCCCUCUCUCCUCCUGAGGCUCUGGGAAUAUUUGCGGAUCUCCAGCGAGCCAUGAAGGGCUUUGUUUUGGAAAACGACUUGCACAUAUUAUAUCUGAUAACGCCGUUGUACGCAGAGUGGACCACCAUAGACUGGUAUCAGUUCUUCCGUCUGUGGGAACAGCUGUCGUCAUCCAUGAAGAGGGUGGCAGAGCUGGUGGGCGUUCAGGAAGGUUUUCUCGCCCGAUCAGUCAGCGGCAAACUUGUAGCCAAGACAGAGAAGCAGCGCAGACAGAUGGCUGUCCAUAAAAGGUUUUUCACCACACUUGUGCUACAGGAUCUGGUGAACGAGGUGCCUCUCGCAACAGUGGCGUCCAAAUACAACUGCAAUCGUGGUCAGUUACAGUCUCUCCAGCAGUCUGCCUCUACAUAUGCAGGUAUGGUCACAGUGUUCUGCAAGCGCCUGGGCUGGCACAACAUGGAGCUGCUGUUGUCUCAGUACCAGACCAGGUUGAGCUUCGGAGUCCAGAGGGAGCUGGUGGACCUGGUCAGAGUUUCCCUGCUGAAUGCGACACGAGCCAGAACGUUGUACGCUCAAGGCCUCUGCACUGUAGCUGAACUCGCCAGAGCUUCUGUCGCUGAUGUGGAGAAAGCCUUGAGGAACGCUGUGCCGUUCAAGAGCUCUAAGCGGGCCGUGGAUGAGAGCGAGAUGGAGGCAGCCGAGAGACGGAGCCUCCGCUGCGUCUGGGUCGCUGGUGGUCGCGCCCUGACCGAACAGGAAGCAGCUGUUGAGAUCGUGUCCGAGGCAAGGCUCCUCCUUCAAGAAGACCUGGCCCAGCUGGGGAUUCAAUGGGACCCAGCGUCACUUCCUCCCGAGGCUCCUGCUGUGCACAGCCCGCGUGACCGGCACAGCAGGAACUCUGAUUCAUCGUCCGCGUCCAGUGUCAGCCCUCAUGAAGCACAGGCGGACAGCAAAGACCGUCGGGGAGAACACAAGGCGAAGAAAAGUAAAAGUGGAGAGGUAGCAAAAGAUGAAAAUCGUGAGAAAAGGACGACUGAAAGGAAAACAGAAGAAGCUGAGGCAGAAGUCAAACAGGAGGAAGGGACGUUUAUGUCUGAUGAGCCAGAAAUCAGACAAAAGGGCGGUGAAGUGCAAGUGGGAAGAAGCAAAGCAGCGGAGAAAGAUGAGACAAAUAAAGAAGAAUUAAUGGAAAGAGAGUCUGAAGCUAAGGAUCCAAAAACAGAAACGCAAAGGAAAACAGAGGCAAAAGAAAAGGAGACGAAUAAAGAGAAUAACUCUGCCGGAUCUGAGAAUCACAAAGGAGAUCACCCUGUUCCUGAAAAGAGUCUGACACAGGAACUGGCUGAGAUUCUAUCCAGCCCUCUACCUCAACCAACACCACCUCGUCAGUCCCUCCCCUCCCCGAUGCCCCCACCUCGAUUCAGAGCUCCGGCGGCCCGAGCGGAAGAGCAACGCAGUGUGACGCCAAGAGGAGAGGGCAGCGCAGGGUUUUCUGCCUCACCUGUGCAGCCGGGUAGACUGAAGCACUCAAGAGCUUUAAGCAAAGUCCUCCACUCUAUUCAGACUGACAGAAGAAUACAAGAUCACGUGGAGGCUGCACAAACAUCCCACCCACACCCCUCAAGUGUCCAAAAUGUAGUUGUAGGCCAAACAUCUACAGAAAAACCACUGUGUGUCUCCACACCGACCAAUGCAGAUGUAGAUUCUCCCAUGUCCGCGUCUCCUGCUUCAGUCCCCUUAUUCUCUCCUGAAGCCAAGCGCAGAAGGAUAGACGGCAAAGAGGCGGACAAGUUCUCGUCUCCUGAGCUGUACGCAGGGAGUGAUGGAGAGGAAGACGCCGAGGGAGGCGUUAAAAAAGGAGAGGAUAGCUUCGGGGAAAGCUUUGAAUUGGACACUCAGACGGAAAGGAUCAUUGUUCAGCAGGCGAGCCAACACAGAGACGGAAACGAUAGAUGUGUUAUCCAAGAAGUAGAGACGAUUAAGAGAAGAGGGGAGGGAACAGGAGGAGCGGCUGUUGAGAUUGAAAGAGACACAAACGAGGAGAGGUUGGAAGCUCCUGUAGAUGCAUGUCCCAGAUUUAAUAUAUCUCUCACAGACAGCCAGAUGGAGCUCCUCCUCAACACCAGCCAACAGAUUUCUCCUGGUCCAGCUGUUGAUGACGUAGUUAAAGAUAAAGACGAAGGUGCCGAAGAGAAUGAGGCCCUCGGUGUCGAUCAGGGAGAAUCAGAGAGCGCUAACAGGAGCAACAGCUUCCUGUUCGACAGCCUGUACAGCAGCUCUCUGCUGGCUGGUCUGAGCCCGCCACAGAUUCUUAACCAAUCAGAUGAGGAGGAGGAAUCAGCCGGCCAGGAGAUCAGAGAGGAGUUCCCCGUUCCAUCAAGCCAGGAGCGCAGACGCAGCGAGCUUCUGGCCAAUCAGGAGGCGGAAGAGCAGGAGGCGAUGCAGUGGGGCGAGUCCUCCUUCAACCUGUCCGAGUGGGGCGACUCGCUCUACGUGGGCCAACACUUCCUGGAGAGGCGGAGCCUGCCGAAGCAGACGGGGAGUGCUCGAAAAGAGCAAAAAGGGAGUCAUGAAAAACCUAACGUGGACCGUUCCCUGCUUGGAGGACAGGCGUCAGAAUCACGGCCUAAACCCGGUCACAUGCAGGCACAGUCACAUUCUGCAACUCAACGCGAGCAGGACAAAGAUAGAGCCAGUAAUGAUCAAGUCCUGAAAGAGCAUAAUAAGGCACAAAAUCAUAAUAACGUAGACGUCAGAGAGGAGACAGAGGGAGGAAACAGGAAGCAGGUAAAGGAGGUUGAGGAAACGAGCGCUAUGAUGUCACAUAAUGCACUUUUAAAAAAGGCACCUGAAAGCACUCUUUACUGUAGCCCUGGUUUACAAGAUAUCUUUGACCGCUGGCCUAGCAUGUCUGACCAGCCUUCAAACCACACAACAGCCGGUCACACAGCCAGUAAUAAACACAUUGAAGAAGCAGUAACGGCAGAAGUGCAGGAUUUACCUCGGGUGGACAGGAAAGUUGCAAAACCAAACGUGCAGGUCGAAGCUGCCGGGAGAGACUCUGUGGAGGAAAUAUACUUAAGACACGAGACCGAGGAGGUCACAGAGAGACUGGGCUCUCCUGCUGAUCUCAUUCCCCCGACCCAGGAAACGGCACCUGUCACACCCAGAGUGAAACUGACCACCUCGUCCGUCCAAUCCCCUCUGAUCUCUCGGCCGCUUAACCAGUCGACGCCUUCGACGCGCAAACCAGCGACCGCCAAAUGUGCCGAAUCUAAUCGAGAAUCCAAACAGCCUAAAUCCACAUGGAGUGACAGACGGGGCAAUAACAUAAAGACUGCACCUGUUCCACUCUCAAAAUCAAAGCCCCUGCCUCUCAUCAACCCUCCACCACACGCAGCUUCUCCGUCCUCCCCUCAACCGAGGCUUCCGUCUGACGGGGAGUCACCUGUGACGGAUGAAGGUUUCACUCUGCAGCUGUCCCAGGACGCCGCUCUCUGCUCCGGCAACCCGGGCGCCUUCUCCAUCAUAGACGUGGCAAGCGACAGGCGCCUCUUCGAGACAUUCGUCGCCGAGUGGAAGACGAAGGAGCGGUUCUGUCUGGCUUUGGCCUGCGAGAAGAGGGAGCAGAGAGAGCAGCCAGAGGGGGGCAUAGGAGGGAAACAAGAGAGAGCGUCAGCGGCUCAUCAGAAGCUCCACAGGGUCGACGGGUUUCCAUUAAGAGACAGAGACGGACUGGUGCUGAUUGGACUGUCUGUCUGCUGGGGAGCCAGAGAUGCAUACUACAUAUCUCUGCAGCAAGAGCAGAGCAGAGGUUUGAGCGCCAGUCUAGCUCCACCUCCACUUGAUGAUGGUUUGCCAGUUAGUGAGAGGGCGGAGAAGGUGAAGGCGUGUCUGAGCAGGUCAAGGAAAGGUCAGGAGGGGGGCGUGGUCGUCACUUAUGACAUCAUCGAGGUGUACAAGACGCUAGUCCUUAGCUGUGGCAUCAGUUUGGAGGGAAACUGUGAAGACCCAAAGGUUGCGUGCUGGAUGGAGGACCCCGGCAGUGAGGAGAGGACUCUUCCCAACAUGGUGACCGUCUACUGUCCUGAAGAGUUACCCCUGCUGGACGGACUCGGGAACCCACACUCACACUGUCCUCGUUUGAGGGCUGCGACUAAGAGUGUGCUCGUCCUCGCUGUCAUGAACCAUCUCACCGGCCUGCUGGAGAAAGACGGCAUGCUGGAUGUGUUCAGGAGCAUCGAGAUGCCCUCCCAGGUGUGUUUGGCCCUGUUGGAACUGAAUGGCGUCGGCUUCAGUGUGGAGGAGUGUGAGAGACAGAAACAUGUGAUGCAGGCCAAACUCACAGCGCUGGAGGCUCAGGCUUAUAACCUGGCUGGACACACAUUCUCCCUCACCAGCAUCGACGACAUCGCGCAGGUGUUGUUUUUAGAGCUCCAUCUUCCUCCAAACGGCGACGUGAGUGGAUCAAAGAGUAAGAAGACUCUGGGCUACACCAGGAGAGGGGCUGGCAGAGUACGACUUGGGAAGCAGUUCAGCACCACCAAGGAUGUUCUGGAGAAGCUCCGCCCACUGCACCCGUUACCAGGAGUGAUUCUGGAGUGGAGGCGCAUCACUAACGCCUUGACUAAAGUGGUCUUCCCGCUGCAGAGAGAGAAGCAACGCCACCUUACACUGAACAUGGACAGAAUAUACCCCAUCGCCCAGACACACACCGCCACAGGUAGAGUGAGCUUCACUGAGCCCAACAUACAGAACGUCCCCAAAGACUUCGAGAUCCAAAUGGCCACAGUAGUGGGUGAGAGCCCGCCUUCACAGGAGAGCCGCCACAUGAACGCCAAACCAGAAAGGAAAAGACGCUCUGUGGCUGCAGCUGGCCGUGCAGAACAAGGCCCGGCCUUCUCUGUGAGCAUGAGACAUGCAUUCGUCCCUUUUUCAGGUGGGAUGAUAUUGGCAGCAGAUUAUUCCCAGCUGGAGUUGAGAGUGUUGGCUCACCUCUCCAAGACCAGCGCCUCCUACAGAGAUGAUGAACUGUCCCAGGUGCUGAAUGGAGGAGCAGACGUGUUCCGCUGCAUCGCUGCCGAGUGGAAAAGUAUCGACCCAGAGUCUGUGAACGACAACCUCAGACAGCAGGCCAAACAGAUUUGCUACGGCAUCAUCUACGGGAUGGGAGCCAAGUCUUUGGGGGAGCAGAUGGGAGUGGAGGAGAAUGAUGCAGCCUGCUACAUAGAGAGCUUUAAGGCCAGAUACAAAGGGAUCAAUGCUUUCCUUCGAGAAACUGUGAAGAAGUGUGUAAAGAACGGUUUCGUUCAGACUCUAAUGGGCCGCCGGAGAUACUUACCGGGGAUCACUAACACUAACGCGCACAUCAAAGCACAUGCAGAGCGUCAGGCUGUGAACACAACGGUUCAGGGAUCAGCAGCAGACAUUGUGAAACUGGCCACAGUGAACAUCCAGAAACGACUGAGGAACACAUAUCCUGCAGCUCCACUCUCUCACCAGCACACAAGCUCAGCCAACAUCGUGCGGAGGAGUCGCCCUAGAGGAGCCUUCUUUGUGCUGCAGCUGCACGAUGAGCUGAUUUAUGAAACCACAGAGGAAGACCUCAUACAGGUUGCCCAGAUCGUCAAGAGGGAGAUGGAGACCGCCGUGAAACUGUAUGUGAAGCUCAAGGCCAAAGUCAAGGUGGGCCCCAGCUGGGGAAACUUACAGGACAUAGAUAUCUAAUCUGAAAGUGUCGACAAGUGGUGUCAGAAUACCAUGCAGGUAGUGCUUCAUGUUUGAUACGCAUGUUAAUAUCACUUAUAAUUUCUAAAACACCUGAAUAAUGAAAUGUAAAAUAAACCUUCAGUCGGUUUGCUGCACCAUGUGCUGAACUUUAACUAUGAAAUGUAUUUAUUUAUCUUUUUCUCUAAGUGUCACAAAUAACUUUAAAGCAAAGGAGGAUAUAUAUUGUAUUUAUACGUUUUCUAAUACGUCAUGACAUUUAAUAAAUAUUCAAGUUCCUGUUUGUUCUUCCA